GGCUCUUCCGCGCGGGCGUUGCUGCGCCUGCGCGGGGCCGCGCGCGGGGCCGCCAUCGCCAUGGUGACAGGGCCGCCAUCGCCAUGGUGACAGGGGCGCCGGGGCCGCGGCCGCCAUGGCGGCGCCGCCGGAGUCGCUGCUGCGCUACUGCCCGCCCGUGUUGGUGUCCCGGCGAGGAGACAAGGCCUCCCCGGGGGGUCACCCGCUGAAGGGAACCCCCCCGGGAGCCCCCGGCAGCUUCUCCGCCACGCAGCAGCCGCAGGAGCUCCUGAACGCCAUCCUGCCGCCGCGGGAGUGGGAGGAGGCGCACAAGCUCUGGGUGCAGGAGGUGUCCACCGCGCCCAGCACCCGCCGCGAUGUCGUGAUGCUGCAGGAGCAGCUGGACCGGCAGCUGCAGCAGCGGCAGGCGCGGGAGACCGGGCUGUGCCCCGUGCGCAGGGAGCUCUACACGCAGUGCUUCGACGAGCUGAUCAGGCAGACCACGGUGAGCUGUGCGGAGCGGGGGCUGCUGCUGCUGCGCGUGCGGGACGAGCUGCAGCUCACCCUCUCUGCCUACCAGGCGCUCUACGAGAGCAGCGUGGCCUUCGGCGUGCGCAAGGCGCUGCAGGCAGAGCAGGGCAAGGCUCACUUGGAGAAAAGGAUUUCAGAGCUGGAAGAAGAAAAGAAGGAACUGGAAAAACAAGUGAGCGAAGAGAAAGCGAAAUGUGAGGCUAUUGAAAAGCAAGAAACAGAACGGCGAGAAAUAGAAGAGAAGAAACACAGUGAAGAGGUUCUGUUCCUAAAACGGACAAACCAGCAGCUGAAGGCCCAACUUGAAAGCCUCAUUGCAGCAAAGAGUUAAUUGUUUUGUUGUCCUCAAGGCAGGCUCAGAAGAGCUGUCAGAGCAAGAAGUUUACAAUUAGUGACAAAGAUUUGUCUUCCUAAAACAAUCUUGAGUUUUCACUUACCAGUAACAGCAGGCAGUGUAACUGUGUUCUUUCUUUCUCUCUUGAAGAGUUGAAAUUCAAGAGCUUCAUUAAUUACUGCUCUCUCCUUCAAAGCCAUCUCAGCAGUCAGCUCUUUGAACAGUGAACUUGUCUGGGACUUGUCUGUUGGUAAUGUGCUAAUGACCUUCAAAGCAGUAACUAAUAAACAUUUUUAAAUGCAAACAUCUCUCUGACAUUAUUAAUUUGAAAAUGUUGCAGAAGAUUCAGAAACAAUAUCAAAGUGCCUACAAGAGAAGUAAGUCACAUGCACCAAGAAAUGGUAGCUCACUCUUGGACAGGUGUCUCGGGGGUAUUUCCUUGAGUACCUGCAAGCUGGGCUCAGCUGUGCACAGAAAUCCCUUGUCAGAACCAUCAGCUGUAACUGAGCUCACACCAAACUCUGGGUGUGAUUGCUUCUAGUGAAAUGAAGGGCCACAAUGGCAGUCACAGAUUCACUUCUCAAUGGAAGCCAAUGAAAUAAAUCCCUGCUUGAGGCACCUCUGUGAGCAGCUGGUUACACAGCAAGUUAACAUGGGAAAGAGAAUUCCCUGUAGUCUGUGAAAACCCCAUAAAGCCAGUUUGCAGAAAAAAACCCACCCAAACCCCAGCACUGAGCAACUCUGGAAUAGCUGUUUGGCUACUGCAGUGUUUGCUGGCCUGGGACAGAGAUGUGGAAAUACCAUCAACUCCAACUGCACAAAGAACUUUCAGAUGAUGCAGAAACAAAGGAAGAGAUGCUGCUCCUGGGGCCAGGACAGACCGG